AGCCUCACACCAAGGGCCCAGCGGCGGUAGAAACACGGGCUGGCCAUGACCCCACCCUCGGGCUGCGGGUGCCCCAGAGACUGACCCCCGCAUCCCAGCCAGCAGCGCCUCCGCCAGCUCCUGUCUCUGCCGCUCGGCGGGGAGUUGUGGGCGGGGCGGGGCAGACCAGGUGGGUGGCCCCUCCCCAAUCGCCGUCACUCUCCCACUCACCGUUUGACUACGGACCACAACUCCCAUCAUGCUCCACGCCGCUCCGCCAAUAGCGAGGGAGCUUCUUUGCCGGCUGCGCCAGGAACGGACCAGUCGUUGCGUGCGCUGUUGCUGGCUGCAGGAGGGGCCAAUCAGAGAGCGGCCGUGGCGGCGGCGGCUGUGGCGGCAGGACGGUUACGGUUCAAACUCUGGCGCACUAUGUCCCAGAUAAAAACAGAAGAUGAACUAAUCCUUUUUGAAAAAGAGAUCAAAGAAUUCUGGACGAAAUUCAAAAGUAUUUGUGGUAGUGAACACACCAACCAGACUUUGGGACUAAAAGAAUCAUGCAAGGAGUCCAUAAAAGCACUCUCAGAGAAGUGGUCCAAGAAGUUAAAAGAAGGGGAUCUAAUGAUUGACAAAAUUCAGGAAUACAGAAAUGAGAUCCUCCAGCAGAACAUAUGCAUUGAAGAAAAGCAAGAGAACUUAACUGAAAUUAAUUCCAAAAUAAAGCAUGAAGAAGAACAAAAGAGAGACUUUAUUGAUCGUAUCCAAGAGCUCAAGGAAGAGUUGACCAGAAAAAAGGAAAUGUUAUCUGCUAAAAACAAGGCCACCAAAGAGAGGCUGGAAAGAUUGAAUAAGUCUAAAGAACUGUUUGAAGAGCGGCUUGGGCUAGAAAUACGCAGAAUUUAUGAUGAACAGUUGCAGUUUAUAUUUCGAUGUAUUGACCACAAAGAUCCUGACAAGCCAUACACGUUUACUCUUUCUAUAAACGAACAGGGAGACUAUGAAGUGACAAGCAGCUCUCCUCCUCUGGAUUGUAUAGCAGAACUCCAGCUAAAAGUGAGAGAAACCAACAACUUUGCAGCAUUUAUUGCCAACAUCAGAAAAGCUUUUACAGCUUUGUCUUAUAAGUAAUCUGCAACUACAUGUAAAAUUGGCUUCAUACCUGUCUUCCUGUCCCUCUGUGCAUUCCCUGCUCUUCCUUUUUUGUAUUAACAUAACAGUGGAGUGAAAGGAAAUAUUUAUGUAUGUUUUAAUA